AUGCUAGAUGAUAAACUGUUUCCUGAAUUGGGGAACUGCAUGGAAGAUGGUAUGAUAGGAGAGGAUGUCCAAGAAGAAGAUCAAAAUGGAUGCGGUCACGGGCAGCCUUUAUCAGAUGGAAAGGAGUUUGGGGAGAAGAAGCCGAGCCUUGGUUCCACAAGCUGGUAUGUGGGUAUAUGGCACUACAAACUGCCUAAGGAAGUUCUAUGGGUUGCGAACAGAGACAACCCACUCUCCGACCCCAUUGGAAAGCUCAAGGUAAUUAACUCCAACCUUGUCCUCCUUGACCAAUAUGGCACCCGUGUCUGGUGGACCAAUGUGACUAGUACAAAUCUGAACAAGACGCCACUAGUUGUUGAGCUUCUUGACAGUGGAAAUUUAAUAUUGAGAUACUCCGACAAUAACAACAACUCAUAUGAGUGGCAGAGUUUCGAUUUUCCGACAGAUACUUAA